CGGGCGAUUUGAACGCUAGGCUGUGCAGAAGGCGGCCGGGCCUCCUCCAGAAUUCCCCCAUACGCCAGCCUUUCGCCCCCGAACCCGGAAAUCCGAGCACUCGGAGCCGUGGGGCUGGUCGCCGGGACUGUCCGCGGCCCGCCAUGGGCCCGCGCCGCCGGAGGCGCAAGCCCGAGACCCCGACGAGGCGCGUCGAGAGCCCGACCCCCGGCCCCUCGCGGCGGCGGCCCCCCGUAGCCCCUACCCCCCGUCAACAUCGUCGGAGGACAUUUGGAUGGUUACAGGAGAUCCGAAAACUUCAGAAGAGCACACACCUCUUAUUAAGGAAGGCCCCCUUCAGCCGCGUGGCAAGAGAAGUAUGUACUAAAUUCACUCGUGGUGUGGACUUCAAUUGGCAAGCCCAGGCCCUGUUGGCCCUACAAGAGGCUGCAGAAGCAUUUCUAGUCCAUCUCUUUGAGGAUGCUUAUCUCCUCACCCUACAUGCCGGCCGAGUUACUCUUUUCCCAAAGGACGUGCAGCUGGCCAGGAGGAUCCGAGGCAUUCAGGAAGGGCUCGGCUGAGCUCCUACACCAGUGUGUCUGGAUGAUGCCAGGGACUCUCUGGAGCCACAGCUAGAUCCAAUGGAGUCUGAGGUGCUGCCUGGACUUUGCUGUCUCUGAGCACUGUGUGCGUGUUGCAAGACAGCAUGACUUUCCUCUGUAACAGAGGUAACAUAUGAAACAAUCAACACAGUUCCAAAGGCCCGAAAAUUAUUUGCAGAUAAAGAGAUUCCGAGGUUGACUUCAGUUUGUGAGUUACUCAUAUGACUAUUUAAGGAUUUUGAAGAUACCAGAUUUGCUGUUUUAUGGGAGAAAAGGAAAUUUACAUAUUAUUUUAGAUCUUUCUGUACAAUUUACAUCUUUUACCAUUUGUACUUUUAUUUUAAACAUAAGGGAAAAAAUAAGAGAAGACCACUUUGACCAGUUGCAUGUCUAGCAUGCAGAUCUCUGCCUUUCAGCUCAGCGUUAUCAUUAGUGGCAGCAUCAAGUUCCUGAGUGAGCUGUGCUUGUCCACAAACAUGUAGCUUCUCAAAAACUUAAUUGGGGUUAAAUGGAAAAUCUUUAUGGUUUGAUGUUUUUGUUCCUUCUAGUAAAUUCCUAUCAAAAUCAUUCAGAAAUUCUAACUACAUUCUAAAUGUGGAAUCUAACAUUUUAUUCUCACUUGCAAAUCACAGAACGUAUAUCAGUCUAGGAUUUUAAAGUGACUUUUCAAUGUUUUUAUAGGUGUUUUUAUAGCCUCUUUGUGGAGUGAUAAUAAAAAUAAUUUUUUAAUGAAAACAUUAAAAUGAAGUUACUGCAAUAGCAAAGAUUAUGCUGUAUUUUUUGUAUGCAAACAUUAAGUUCUUCAUUUGUACACUAUUUGUAAACAGCCACAAUUUCAAUGAGAAUUUAGGGAUGCAGUUUUGCCUCUGAUGGAGUAGAGUUUGAGCAGACAAAAACUUUGCCCUUCUGUUGUAACUGAGACCAAUUUAAGAGGUUUCCAGAGAAACAGGAAAUACCACCCAAAGAUUUGAGAUCUAUGUGUGGUGAAAAUGAUUAGUGAGGGCAGACUACUAAUAAUGAUGUGGCAGUCAGAUACAGACUAAAGGGAACCACCAGGUUCUAUUUAAUAAAUUUUAAGCCUUUGGAAAACCUC